AUGCAGGAAUUCCUGUCUCCAGCGCUCCGCCAACCGCCGCUGCCCGACUCCGAGAAGAGGCGACUGCGCGAGCUGUCCAGGUACUAUUGCACAAUCCCCCGCCCAGCUGGCUUCCCUGAAGACCCGACCGCAACCCCAACACCCAGCGACGAUGGCUCAGAGCCCAACCUCAAUGUCGCGCGACUGUCGUCCGAUAUUACCCUGACGGCCCUGACCCAGCUCGGCGUAUACAAGUUCGGAUGCAUGCGGUCCUAUGUCUCGCUCAUUGACGGCCAGAACCAGCAUAUCGUCUCCGAAGCGACUGGAUCCAUCUCUCUGCGCGAUAGGGCCAAACACGAGCCCAACGAUGGCUUGUAUCUGGGUGUUACCACCCUAGACCUGGUGUUUGGGGUUUGUCCUCACGCCGUCAAGCUGUUUUCAGGCCAUGAUGUACCGCACCUGCAGAAUACCGACAAUGUCACCGCGAACAACACCCGCUACAUCGUGCGUGACUUCACCAUCGAGGAAUACUUCAAGGGCCGACCAUACGUGACGGAAUGGCCGUAUUUCAGGUUUUAUGCCGAAGUCCCGAUCUACAGUCCGUCUGGCCACAUUCUGGGUAGCUACUGCGUGGUCGACAACAAGCCGCGCAGUGAUUUCAGCGAGGAGGACGUCGCGGCCCUCCAGGAGGUAUCCGAUGCGAUUGCACUACAUCUUGAGAAUGUGCGAACGGUUCAUUUUCAUCGGCGCUCUGACCGCCUCGUGAAGGGGUUGACAUCGUUUAUCAAAGAUCGGCCAGACGACCAGACUGUCCCCUUGACGGCUGCAAACCUACACAACACUCCUGUAUCGCCUAAGCGUCAGUCAGAACUGUCGCAACCAGAUCAGCUGCACCUUGGAGGACUGUCCCUGACCACCGAUCCCGCUGGAGGGACCUCGCCCCUGUUUUCUAACCGUGAUGGCGGGGACACCGAUGCGACUUCGCUGUCGGUCGCGCUCCACGAGCCAGUGCCAGCAGGAUCAUCACCGUUGAAGAAUGUCUUCGAAGCUGAUUCCCCGGGUGACUCGGGCCUUUUUCAUAGCCAGAUGAAUGGAUUUUCGAAUGGAAUGGGUACACCACCACUCGAUGCACAGGACAACAUCCCACUCUCAACCCGCAUUGCCAAUGUCUUCGCCCAUGCCAGCUCAGUACUACAGAAAUCAAUGGACGUAGACGGUGUUUUAUUUGUCGACGCUUCUUGGUCCAAUUCUGGAAUUGUUCGAUCAAAGACCGACCUGCUGGACUGGGAGCCUCUGCCCAAGAACGCGGACCCAAGAACGAAAAGUCAGUCUCCAUAUGUUCCCGCUGCUCAGCCAGAUGAAAAUCCCUGCGAUGUUCUCGGCCUGGCGUCGAACGAGAUUGGCUCUCAAUAUCCUAUACCCGAUUCGCUUCUUCGACAGUUGAUCGCCGCCCUCCCGCAGGGUGGUGUUCUACAUCCAGACGAAGACUCUCCCGAUCCUUCGCUGCUGCCAAAUCAACUGGUGAAGCAUUUCCCCCAGGCGAAGUCGCUGCUAUUCAUUCCCUUGUGGGACUGGAACAAGGGCCAAUGGCUUGCGGGCACAUUUGUAUGGACGAAGGACAACGAUCAGGAACGCUCACUGGGCCUGGACGAACUGCACUAUUUCAAAGUCUUCGGCGACUCGAUUAUUUCAGAGAUUGCGCGACUGGAUUGGUCCCAAAAGGAGAAAUCCAAGUUCGACCUAAUUUCUUCCAUGAGCCAUGAGCUUCGCUCACCAUUGCAUGGUAUGCUCGCCAAUGCGGAGCUCUUGUCUGAAUCGGGUUUGCAGCCUGAACAGCGUGAAGCUAUGAAGGCCCUCGAGACUUGUGGUAUUAUUCUGCUAGAUACGAUGAAUAACUUGUUGGAUUUUGCGAAGAUCAAUAACCUCGCCUCCCUCAACCAGGGCGCCUCGUCCAUCACCGGUCUGGUCAGUACGUUUGAACUCGACGUGCUGGUUGAGGAGGUCGUGGACAGCGUGUUUUCCGGACUGCGCCAUGCUGCUACUUCGUCAACGUCAACGUCAACGUCCACGCCGAGCUCCUGCCCCGCAUCCGAGGCCUACGCAUUCAAACGUGAUCUCUCCAUCGUCCUCCGAUUUGAAACCCGAGACCAAUGGAAGAUUAACUCCAUGACUGGCGCCUGGCGCCGGAUCAUCAUGAACAUCCUGGGAAACGCGCUCAGAUAUACCGACACGGGCUUCGUUGAAGUUUGUGCAUCGUUGCUGCCCCCAUCGAGUGAUUCAGGGUCUGCUGUUGCCCACCUGCGCUUCGUUGAUAGUGGCUCUGGAAUGUCACAGGAGUUUCUAAGGAACAAGUUGUUCUCGCCUUUCGCACAAGAGGAUGCGCUGUCGGAAGGCGCUGGUCUGGGCCUGAGUAUCGUGAAGCAACUUGUAUCUUUCCUCAAUGGAUCCAUAGACGUGAAGAGUGAACUCGGAGUUGGUACGCAGGUGGAUGUAUAUAUUCCUGUUCAGCCUGUGCCAGUAUCUGCCAACGGAUCCGUCGUCACGGAUCCUGAAGCAGCUGCUGAUAUGGCAUCCCCCAAAACCACGUUGUCCCUGGUUGGCUUUGGGGCGUAUCCGAAGCUUUCGGAGGCGCCGACUGGCACCUUGAGUCCCAUUGCAAAACGGAAGAUUUGUUUGCAAAGCUUCUUCUCCAAGUUGGUUGCAGACCAACCUUCCUGGAGUGUAUCACAGUCGGAAUCACUCGAACAGGCGGAUGGUGAUAUCGCGAUCAUCGAAGAGAGCGCGCUGAAACAACUUUACGACGACGAGACUUUGCGGCGUCGUGCUGAGGCGAAACAGACGAAAUUUGUCUGUCUUUGCGAUAGCUUGCCUUCAGUGAAUAGAAAUGAGUUUGUCGGUCGAGUGGAGGUGGUAAGGCUAUACCAACCAUUAUCGCCGCGAAAAGUCCUGCAGAUUCUCAAAUCUGUUGCCCAUGCGAAACCCCGGUCUUCGGCGAUUGAGCCUUGUCCGCAAAGUGCACUGAUGCCUUCUCUUGCUACGAACAGUUCAGGAGAUAAUGCUCCAGAUAUUCCCGGCCCAGAGCCCAGAGACGGCUUCAUUGUGCUUAUAGUUGACGACAACGACUUGAAUGUACAGGUCAUCGCGAAACUCAUGUCCAAACUCGGCCAUCAAUACACCACCGCUACAAACGGGCUUAUCGCCCUGAAUAAAUAUAAGGAAUCACCCUCCACUAUUAAGGUGAUUCUCAUGGACAUCUCGAUGCCCGUAAUGGACGGAAUAGACGCCACGAAGAGCAUUCGUUCCUUCGAACACGAACACUCGUUACCUCCCGUCAAAGUAUUCGCCGUGACGGGGAUCGCAUCCGCCGCGAUGCAGCAGGAGGCACUUAGAGCUGGUGUUGAUGAAUACCUCGUCAAACCGCUAUCCCUGCACCAACUUGGGAGACUUAUCAAAGUCCACAUGUAA